AGCGCAUCGUUGUUCGCCGUGUGUGAUGUGAUGGUCUCGCUACGAGAUUACUUGUACAAUUCGAACAUUUCACAGCUACCUCGAAUCAGAGUCCUCCGACUUCACACUAUCCAUUCAGCAAAUAAAUAUUGGUCAAUUAUAAUAUUGUUGAAGUUAUCGAUAUGUUCGUCUGAGAAUUGACCUCAUCUUGCCGUUAUUGUCGGCUAACUAUCCUUGUUUAGAUUAUAAACCAUGUCGUGUCGCUGCAUACCGAUUUAUCUUGGAUCCAUUGUCAUGGUGCAUGCAGUACCACAGGUCUAUCCUUGGAAUGUUGAACUUGUUGUGUUUCAAAUCCAAAAAGCCCGGAGGUCCCUUACCUUAGACUGGGCUUCCCUGGGCUGGGCUUCCUGGGCGUCGUCCCAAAGGAUAGCGCUUCAAGUUGGUCUGUCAAUGGAUAAGGAAUCCGUCGGAAGUACUAGUCAUCGAUGUCAUGACUCAUGCACAUGACGCAUUCAGCACGCCAGUCC